CAGAGCCUCUCUCCCUCACACACAUCUCCUCAUACAUUCUCUGGCUCUUGCUGACAACGAGAGAUACUCCACACUCAUGGCCUGCAACAACAUCUGCAGUCCCUGCGGACCCACCCCGCUGGCCAACAGCUGCAACGAGCCCUGUGCCCUGCAAUGCCAGGAUUCCCGCGUCAUCAUCAACCCUUCCCCUGUGCUGGUCACCCUGCCAGGACCCAUCAUGACCUCCUUCCCCCAGAACACCGCCGUCGGAUCCACCUCCUCCGCUGCUCUGGGCACUGAGCUCAAUGCCCAGGGACAGCCCAUCUCUGGCGGAUUUGGCUUUGGCCUUGGCUACGGCCUGGGAGGCCUGGGCUGCUAUGGCAGAAGGGGCGGCUACAUCUGCUAA